GUAUCACGAACUUUUUCCUAAACCGUUUCGUCUCCCAACAAGUAACAGAGUUAUGUACUUAAACGAAACAACGAUCCGAAAUCUUCCAAAUCCAGCUGACCAGAGAGCCCAAAUUCUCAACCUCCGGCCGAGCUGGCCGCGACUAUUCAUCGCCGAUAAAGUUUAGAGGUCUGCUGCUUGUGGUGAUUGGUGGAUCGAUCAAUGGCGGGAGUCUCGUUGAAGUGCGGGGAUUGCGGCGCCCUGUUGAAGUCCGUGCAGGAAGCUCAGGAGCACGCCGAGCUGACCUCUCACUCCAAUUUCUCGGAGUCGACGGAGGCCGUCCUUAACCUCGUCUGCUCUGCUUGUGGAAAGCCCUGCCGAUCGAAAACAGAAACGGAUUUGCACACAAAGAGAACUGGUCAUACAGAGUUUGUGGAUAAGACAGAGGAGGCUACAAAGCCUAUAAGUUUAGAAGCACCAAAGGCUGCAAUGGAUGUGGAUGAGCCUACUAGCAGUAGCGGUCAGCCUGAAGUUUGUUGUGAAGAAAUGGUUGCUCCAGAAGUUGACGCAAAGCUGCUCGAAGAACUGGAAGGAAUGGGUUUCCCAAAGGCACGGGCCACCAGGGCACUUCAUUUUUCUGGUAAUAACAGUCUUGAGGCUGCUGUGAAUUGGGUAGUUGAGCAUGAGAAAGACCUGGAUGUAGAUGAAUUGCCCCUGGUGCCAGCCAACACCAAGAUUGAGGCUCCAAAGGCUGCUCUUACACCAGAAGAAGUGAAACAAAAAGCAGCAGAACUGAGGGAGCGUGCCCGUAAGAAGAAAGAGGAGGAAGAAAGGAGAAUGGAAAGAGAAAGAGAAAAGGAGAGGAUUCGAGUUGGCAAGGAGCUACUGGAGGCCAAACGAAUUGAAGAAGACAAUGAAAGAAAACGUAUUAUGGCCCUGCGGAAGGCCGAGAAAGAAGAAGAGAGGCGAGCCAGGGAAAAGAUUCGUCAGAAGCUGGAGGAAGACAAGGCUGAAAGAAGAAGGAAGCUUGGUUUGCCCCCGGAAGAUCCUGCUACUGCAAAACCAGUAGCCCCUCCAGUGCCUGUUGAAGAAAAAAAAAGCUCAUUGCCUAUCCGGCCAGCCACAAAAGCAGAACAAAUGAGGGAAUGUCUGAGAUCCCUUAAGCAAGCUCACAAGGAUGAUGAUGCUAAAGUGAAGAGAGCUUUCCAAACUCUCUUAACUUACAUUGGAAAUGUAGCUAAAACGCCAAGUGAGGAGAAGUUCAGAAAAAUUAGACUCAGUAACCAAACCUUCCAGGUAUGGAAUGUCUUCUCAUUUCAUAUGUUAAUUGCAGAUGUUAACUCUGAUCCUUAUUCCGGGUGUCAAGUAAAAUAUUUCUAUCAAUCAUUCCAUUGAUGAAUCAAUUGGAACAGUCGGGAUAGAGUUGGUUCCCUGCAAGGAGGGGUCCAGUUCUUGGAGUUAUGCGGGUUUGAGAAAAUCGAAGCUGGUGAGUUCCUUUUCCUGCCCAGGGGGAAGGUUGACGUGUCUGUGCUGAACUCAGCAGGUUCAGAGUUGAACUCCGCCAUAAACAAUCCCUUCUUUGGAGUUCUGUAGAAUGUAAUCUGUUUGCUUGAACCAGAAAACAACACUAGAUUGUUGCUCCUUGGCCAACGCUUAUUCAUUUUGGAUGAGAAUAUUGUCAGCAUUCAGCAGGCAGCCUUUUGAGUUUUUGAGCUGCAGCAAAUUUGCUUCUUUGGUGGAUCGUUAUAGAGCAAACAUCGUUCCCUUCAAUGCUAAAUCUACUAUAUCUGUUUUUCUCCAUUUUCUCGUCCUACCAGAAUUUCAAAUU